AUGCAGUUCGGAGAAUUGUGUCCAGUGGUCCAAGUCUUGUUCGACGUUGCAGUUUAUACCGAUUUUGUCCAAGAUCUUGCAACUCCUGCCACCUUUUACAAAGUACCAACGAAUAUUGAGAACUAUUUGAAGAUUUCAAAAUUCCUUCCGAAGCUCAAUAAUGAACGUCUAGAAGAUAGAAACUCUACUUACAAAGAGCGUUUUAGUAGCCUGAACAAAUUGGUGCUACUUAUGAACGAAAACGAAACCAUCUUGAUUCCAAAGGAAUCUGCAUUGUUUGGAUACUAUAAGGAUGGCAGCACUGAUGAAGUUCUACCAGCACAAGAGACAGAACUGUAUAAAGAGGACUGGAUUGGAUUGAGGAGUUUGGAUGAGAGGGGAAAAGUGGUAUACGAGACAGUACCAGGAGUUCAUGCUGAUUCACCUGAUGAAACUUUGAACAAAUUUGUGGUGCCUUAUUUGGUGGAUGAUGCUGCAGCCUGGGCCUUAAAAUCUGCAAUAAGAACCAAACUCAAACAGCUCCACAGCAAUAAGGCUUAGAAAACAAAACCCAUCUUGCUCUUGUAUGGAUAUCAUCAUUUCAUCAUGUGUAUUGUUGGAAUGUAGUGCAUGUAAUCCAUCAGGAUUCUGUUUCUACUAGAGAAACAGACUUUAUGAAUUAAAUAAAAAGGUGCAUCCCGCGUAUUCCUAAUCCUAA